UGGUGCUGCUGUCACACCGUAAAUCUAUCCCACAGGCCGGUGUUUCAGGAAUAGCUUCCCUGGCUGCUGCAGUUGUUUUUGUUGUGGGGAGGCUGCUGCUCCUGAGCGGCCUGUGCCGUGACUGUUAAUUGUUCCUCCCUCUGUGGGCUGCAGCCCUGCCUGUCUCUGGACUCGCACAUAAUGAGGCAUGUGAUUACUGCCUGGCUGCUCCAGCAGGAGGAGGAGGCUCUGGGAUUUGCAUGGGCUGAAGGCUGCUGAUUAUUUUUAGCCAGUGCGGCUCAGAUCACGUUGCGCACAGACAAGGGGACACUCACUCGCUUGGUGCUGCGGACGCGCCACACAGACACAAGCCGCUACCCGGGCAUCUUCCCUGCCGCACUCACAGCCGCUCCCUCCCUCCCUGCCAAUGGCCAGCAACGCCGCACUCCAAGGGGAAGAGAUCCCCCAGCCGCAGGAGUCUCCCCCAGACACGGCUUGCAUGGAGGCUCAGAAGUGGAUUGAGCAAGUCACCGGCAAAAGCUUUGGCGACAGAGACUUCAGGACUGGACUGGAGAAUGGAAUUCUUCUAUGCGAGUUAUUAAAUGCUAUAAAACCGGGACUCGUAAAAAAGAUCAACCGACUUCCUACUCCCAUUGCUGGAUUGGACAAUAUAACGUUAUUUCUAAGAGGCUGCAAAGAGCUUGGGCUGAAAGAAUCUCAGCUGUUUGACCCAGGUGACCUUCAGGACACAGCCAACAGGACAACAGGCAGGACUUCAGAUUGCAACAGAAAACUGAGGAAUGUCCUCGUCACGGUUUACUGGCUGGGGAAAGCUGCAAACGGCUGCUCGUCCUUUAGUGGAACUAACCUGGACUUGAAGGAGUUUGAGGGAUUGCUGGCACAAAUAAGAAAAGAAAACGAGGAAAUAGAGAGUCCGAAACGCAGCAUACGGGACAGUGGCUACAUAGAUUGUUGGGACUCGGAGAGAAGCGACUCCCUCUCUCCCCCCAGGCAUGGUAGAGACGACUCCUUUGAUAGUCUAGACUCAUUUGGAUCUAGAUCACAGCAGACACCAUCUCCAGAUGUAGUCCUGAGGGGAAGCAGCGACGGCAGAGGAAGUGACUCUGAGUCUGACCUACCUCACAGAAGGAUACCUGAUGUGCGAAAGGAUGACAUGUCUGCCAGGCGGGUGUCCUUUGGUGAAAACAAAGCAUUUGUGCCUUUUAACCAAUACCUCCCCAAUAAGAACAACCAAACCGCCUACAUCCCAGCACCCCUGAGAAAGAAGAAGGCCGAGCGCGAGGACUACCGAAAAAGCUGGAGCACAGCCACUUCCCCUCUGGGGGGAGAACGACCCUUUAGCCCCAAACAAAGCCCAGUCAUUAAAGAAGAACAAACCGAGUUUCAAUGUGAAGGAGAAGAGACCAGGCAGAGGAUUGCCUUAAAAAAACCUUGCCUUGAAGCAGAGAAUAGGAGUGAGAGAGUUGAUCAAAAUGAAGGGGGUGUCCCAGGACAAUCCCCUACUAAUGGCGACAUUCCAAAUGAUGUAGAGGAAGUGAGGAAGCGCAAGAACCGUCAGCAAGUGGGUAUCAAGGUCUUGCCCGCAACAAAGCGCUUCAGCAGUCAAAGCCAUGUUGCUGGAGACAUUGAUGGUGCUCCGGACAUUGUGCUACGGAAGGAGAAUGCCUUCCUGAAGUCGUAUGAAGGGAUGGGUUCUGAUUCAGAAGAAGAAGAAGACUCCAAAGUACCCGAUAUACAGAAAGAUGACUUGGCCACAAGGCGUGCAAGGAUGAACCAACCAAAAUGCCCAAUGCAGUUUAAUCAAUAUAUACAGGGGUCCUACUUAAACAAAACAAGAGCAACUGGAAAACAGGACAGUUCCAAGACAUCCACUCCAACUUCUCCAAAAAUAUCUCAGAAUAACAGUGUACCCAGCAACAGGGAGAACCAAGGCCCCCCGUUAUUAAAGCCAUCUGACAUUUGCAAAGAAAAGGAAUUUCCAAGACCCUUCGACAAUAAAGGAGAUGUAGAAGCAGAGCAAGAAAAACUGCCCGACAUUCAGAAAGACGACUUGGCGAAACGCAAAGCUAAGGCUUCUGUUUCGCUGCCAAAGGAACCAUCAGCCUUUGCAGUGGUUUCAAUUACAAAGGCCGACAUGGAAACUUGGCAGAGGCUUCAGGUGUCUUCUGAAGAUAGUGAGCACUUGAAUGACACACAGGCAGACCAGCAAGCAUCCAAGAUCGAUGUGGCUAGAGCGACAAAUGAUGACUUUGGGAGGAGGAAAUUGUCCUUGCAAGAGAAAAGGGCUCGAAACAAACAGAAGUUUGUACAUUUUGGCCCAGUGACUGAAAUUGAUCAGCAGAAGUGGGAUAGACUUUGUAUAGCCAAGGCUGAAUCUGUUCAAGAUAGUGCAGAGGCAAAGGGCAGCUUUAUUAAUUCUGAUGGAGCUCCUGGCCACAUAUCUUCCUCUGCUUCUGCUCGGUGCUCCCAACCCCAGGAAGAUGUCAUCACAGGGCCAGUCUUGCCAAAUGAGCCAAGAUCUACACCAGAGGGAUUUGGUUCACCUGCUCCUCCUGAAAAUGAAAGUGAAAUUCAGUCCCUUGAUACACAGCGAGAUGACACGAUGGCAAGGAGAACAGGUUCAUUGCAAAAGCUUGCCAGAACCAACAGAGAGUCACCAGUGUCCCACCAAUAUGCACUCCAUAGCCAACAACAUGAAGAGAAGUGUGACUCAUUGGAACUCGAGGAAGAGAAACAAGGACUCUUUCUGGAUGUCAACCCACAACUGAGAAGGUUACUGCUAUCGGACUUGGCAAGUAGUUCAAAAGAAACUGGUCCUGCUUUGGAGAGCAAGCCUCUGAAAGAAGCUGAAGAUGUAAAAGAUGACAUGAAGGAAGGUGACUCUACUACAGACAAAGAUCCAAACUCCAUUAUCCUAGAGAAAAACGCAGUUGCACCAGACCCAGAAAAAGAUGACAUGAUGACUAGAAAAAUUUCAGUGAGCCAGAAGCCAUCUUGUGUCAGCCUUGGGCACUUCCUUCCUGUUCCUUUUUCUCUGCAACGCAGAGAGGAUGAAACAAAACCUAUAAGCUGCAGUAUGGUGAGCACCAUAAAGUCCAAAAAUGCUUCCCAAGCUCUUCCAGUUGGCAAAUCUGAUGCUCCUUCUAAGCCCCUCAACCAGAAAGAAACAGAAGAACAUGCUAAUUUAGCAGAUGAUGGGACUUGCAAUCAAGACUCCAACAGUGUAGAGACCAAGCAACAGGACAGUCUUGAGAGGAGAACAAUACUAUCUCCUGACUUGGCCAAUACUGAUUCAAAAACAACUCCUCCUUUGGGCAACAUCUCUCCAACAAUAACAAGAGAAGCUGAUGCUGUAGAAGGUGAAUCCAUCACAGGACAGGAGCCAAAUUCAACCACCUCCAAGGACAAUUCAGUGGCACCAGACCCAGAAAAAGAUGAUAUGAUGACAAGAAGAAUAUCCGUAACCCAGAAGCCAUCUAGUGUAGGCCUUGGCCACUUCCUUCCUGUUCCAUUUUCUUUACAGCAUAAAGCUGCAGAAAAGAAAUCAACAAGCGUUGUCCUAUCGAGCAAAAUAAAGCCAAAUAAUUCCACCCAAGCUCCUGCAGUCGGCAGUUCUGACCUUCCUAAUAAGCCCCUCGAUCAGAGUGAGACAGAGAAACCCGAAUUACGAACCGAUGUGACUUGCGAUCAGACUUCCAUUGAGAGCAUUAAUGAUGGGGAUCCCACUGGUAAAGGGUUAGAUACCCAGACAGAAGACGCUCUUGAAACAUGUGACCAUGAGUUAUUCAGAUUCAGCCCAGGAUCUGCUCUGUCUGAUGAUACAGAGAGCAUGAGCAUGUGUGAUAUGAGGUAUGAAGAAGAGGGGAGUAUGCUGCCUCACAGCAGGGCACACCAUGAGCAUCUACAGCAUGUCAACAGCUUGCUCAAGGAGGAGGAUGACACAUGGCAAGAUGACCUAGCUCGAUGGAAGACACGGAGAAGAAGCGCAUCGCAGGAUCUGAUCAAGAAAGAGGAAGAGAGGAAAAAGAUGGAGAGACUGAUGAGCGGAGACAGUGAACUGUCGGACCGUAGGAAAAGCAUUAAAACCUAUAGAGAAAUUGUGGAAGAAAAAGAACGUCGAGAAAAAGAACUGCACGUAGCCUACAAAAAUGCCAAGACCAGAGGCGAGGCUGAACGAAUAUUAAAGAGCUACAUUGAAAAGUUUACAAUUAGCGAAGCUGUUCUUGAGGGAUUAGUGAUGCCAAAAAUUUUAGAAAGAAGCCAGUCAGUGGAGCCAAGUUUAUUGUCCUCAUCAGAGGACCCAAACCCACUGAAAUACCUGAGGCAACAGUCUUUGCCAUCACCAAAAUAUACUUCCACUGUUGAAGCAACUGUCACUCCCAGCAGCCCAUGUGAAUCAAAGAGUCCGACAGGUCUAAUAUCACCAAGCAAAAACAUCAUUUCAAAGACGGUGCCUAUGCUAACAGCCAAGCCUUACUCCCAGCCCAAAAACACCCAGGAAGUCCUCAAGACAUUCAAGGUGGACGGAAAGGUGAAUCUCAACGGGGUGGAAGAGCAGAAGGGAAAGGAAUCUGGAAGCCAGACAUUUGCUGCCCCAUCGCUCACCCGAUCUCAGAUGUUUGAAGGUGUAGCUAGAGUUGAUGCUCCUGUUGUUGAAACAAAGCAAGAUGUAGCUUCCAUCAAGCUUAAUCUGGCCAGACCAAACACACUGAAUUCCUUACAUGAAUCCAAUAGUCUCUGUGAAGACGGAAAUCACAUAAGCCAGAAGGAUGAGCCAGAUUCUUUUGUACAGGAGGAAAGUGUUCACUCUGUGGAACAACUGUCAGAAGGUAACACACAGUCAAACAGCACAACCCAGGCUGUACCGGCUGUGAGCAGUAUAGAGAUUCCACCAUUGACUGUCAAUGGGAAGGACACUGAGGAUAAGAGGAAGGUGGAAGCUGCCGAGCUGAUUAUGCAUUGGUCUCUGGACUCCAAUUACAAGGAAGCCAAAAAAAAUUCUUUACCACCUUUAAAAAGUUCUGAAAAUGUAGAAGAAUCCUCCAAGAUUAAAGAAAAUGAAUCAUCACACAAAGUUCAGCUAAACAUUACGCUUCAGACCCGGAACGCCUGGAGACGCUCCCAGUUUUUUUUGCAGUCAGUGGAUACAGAAUGUACAGAGAAGUCACCAGCACUAGUACCCAAUCUGAGUUCUCCUAACCGGUCCUGCACAUGGGACCCAGAAGAAGAACGCAAACGGCAAGAAAAAUGGCAGCAGGAGCAGGAAAGGCUCCUCCAGGAGAGGUACCAGAAAGAGCAGGAAAAACUUAAAGAAGAAUGGGAAAAAGCUCAGAAAGAAGUAGAAGAAGAGGAAAGGAAAUAUUACGAGGAGGAAAGGAAGAUAAUCGAAGACACUGUGGUCCCACUGACUUUGUCACCCAAUUCUAAUGUGCACUUUAAUAUCUCUGAAAGAAAUGGAAACUUUAUUCCAGUACUUCCAGACCAUGCCAAGAGAGAUCAAGAAAACAACAAUGGACAGCUCAUGGCAGAGCCCAACAGAGUGAUAAAGAACGAGAUACACAUGCACAGCAACGUAACACAGCAACAGAUUUUGUAUGCACAUGAGAGGUCAAUGCUUGCUGCUGAAGAGACGCAGAUAAAGGGAAAAACAGAGAAGUGGGAAGCGGAACCAUGCAACCAUGUGCAGUCUAAUGAAUGUAACACACCCACCAGGUUAACCCUGCAGGCAGGAUGUAAACAAGUGAUGUUAUCAGAGUCAAGUGAUCUUGGAUCACCCAAAACUCCUGUAGAUGAAAAUGCGGUCCAUCAUAAUAUGUCUUCCAUAAUAUCCACAAGGGGAAUUGAUUCCAAGGAAGAGACAUUGAAUUCUUCACAGUCUACAUCACAAUGCCAGUCACCAAACAGGUCUGUUAGUGGGAAAAAACUGUGCUCCACAUGUGGACUUCCUCUAGGCAAGGGAGCUGCCAUGAUAAUUGAAACCCUCAGUCUUUAUUUCCACAUCCAGUGCUUCAAGUGUGGACUGUGUAAGGGACAACUUGGAGACGCGACCACCGGCACGGACGUCCGAAUUCGAAAUGGCCUGCUGAACUGCAAUGACUGUUACGUGAAGUCCAGAACGGCUGGCCACCCCACUCCUUUGUGAUGCCCCCUGGUGCUAUGAAGAACUUGUAGAGAAGAUGACUCCACAGUACUGUGCGGGCUGAUUUCAGACAAUCACGUGUAAAAGCAGAUCCCUGCAGCACUUGUACCACUCAUAUCAUCUUCUGACGAAAACUUUGUGUGACGCUUGCCGGCAAAUGACACUUUUGGCUUUACAUUUCAAUUGCAGAAUUUUUAUUUGCAUAGCAAUACUGAUAGAGCCUGCUUUAUAUUUGCCAAGAGGCCGGACCCCAUCCGCCCGGCUUCCACUGUUCUAUGCCCACAAACGGAGAGACUGUGUUCUGAGAUAGAUGUUGGACACUAUACUCACUGUACAUUAUACGCUCUCUUUAAUUUGACAUAAAGAAUAAAAUAAAGGUGCAAGAAACAGAUUUUAUUUGUUUUAUAACCAUAGGGCUGCGCAAAUGAGGCAAAAAAAAGCACUUGUGAAUUUAUGGCACUGCUGUGUUUUCCUAAGAAGUGCCGUUGCCUUGGCCAGAUAAUGGGACUACACUGUGUGUGUCCCGUGUGUGAUUGCACAUUUACUCUUCAUACAGAUAAUAAAGCUCGGUCCAGGAUAAUGUUUCAGUCAGGGCCACAAAAUAACAUUUCUCUCUCUCAUUGGAUGUUUUUAGACCCAGAACAGGUAUUGAUCCGUAAUAUGAAAUGAGUAUUAUUGUAGCACAACAGGCUUCGACUGUUCUAGUCUACAGAAACAUAUUUUGUUUUUUGUCCAGACAAUGUCGAUUUUAAUUACUGUGUUUUUUGGGGUUAUGUAUGUUCUGGGACAGUGAUGGAUUCAUGGUGUGUCUGUCUGGCUCUGUAGCACACAAGAGGCCACGACAUGGAAAUUGCACCCGUAACCAUUGUAGUGUCACAGACCUCGUGUCUAUUUACAUUAAAGCACUGAGUCCGACAAUAGUGAGGGCACCUUCAGAUGCCAAACGGAGAUCUAGUUCUUCAUGUACAUCCUAAUGAGCUAAAGGUGUUUGUUGGGAGGGGGCAUGUUUAAUGAUGCAUUUUGGUGGCAUAUAUAGUAGAAGACAGUUUUGAUUGAUCUUCAGUGUGCCCAUGCGAAUGGUGAAUGAAGUGAGAUGGGCUUCACUCAGGUUAUAUUCACACUAUACUUGCAGUUAUCUGGUUAAACGAAUGUACGUGCACUAGAAAUGAUGUGGGGACUGGGAAAUGGUGUCGUGAGUAUCCACCCUGCGAAUAUAAACAUCAUAAAUUGACAUAAGGCGCAUGCUUCUUAAGAAGCCCCUUGUGAUAUUUAUUGAGUAUAUUCAGCAAAGCACACCAGGCUUGUUAGCUCUGACCUGUUGCAAAUACACAGCGCCGUGCUUUGUUGCUAUUCCUAUUGUGGUGUAGGCAGAGGACUAGAACAUUUGCCAGGAGUUGACCACUUUAUUAGUUAUAUAAGGAGCCUUACACCUUCUCUGUGUGCUUUCUCAUUUCUGCUUUAGGGAAAAGAACCCACAGUUUGAAAUGACCCAGGAGGGUGAUUGAACCCACGUAUGAAAAUGCAAGUUUUGGGGCCUUGCUUGUAAAUAGAACUCGCAGUAUGGGUCUGAAAGUGGAGAAUAGAGGCAUUAUUUUUGAACUGUAUUUUUUGCAGCUUUGGUGAGGAAUAGGAUCCAUUGUGUAGGCUGUAGACUGGAGGUUCUAGAACCCACGGGUAAUUCUGAGGGGCCAACAGCAAAAGGCUACAAGUGGGUAAUGCUGGAAUAUUUGCAACGACUGGUGGGUCGACGGUUGGACAUGCCUGACGUAUGUAUGGAAAAAUAUCUAACAAUUGUUCACUAAUGGAGUUGGUCCUUCUUGUUUAUCUUAGCAUUCUCCAUCAUGAUACACGUUAUACUGGGAGCCCAGGGUUCCUGGCUGGAGGCUGGAUUUGCCUAACCGAACCGUAGUGUAUGAAUUCCAGACUCUCACCUCCACCCCCUGUUUUUGUGGACUAGAAAUCCUAUGGCUAGCUGAGGGUGCUGGGGAUUGAAUUUCCCACAAUUGAUAGUGCCCCAGCUUUGGGAAUGCCCACCUUGGUGUGUAUCAGACGUAGUACCAUGUCUGUUUGACCUGUGUGUUUGUAAAAGGAAAACAAAACCUAUAUAUUUUGCUGUUGUGUAAGCAAUAAUAUUUUGCCAUGUCUUCUUAAGUUAGCAACUAUUUAUUUAGGCCCUCGUUUGGUGUUUCUUGCAUGUAUUAAGUUCUAACUAUGACCCUGUUUCAUUUGAUGACCUGCUUCUUGUGUAGCCGCAAAUUUCACUAUAACCGAUGUACAUUACAACAUGGUGCCUUAUACACAAAGCUGUUGCACACUCACGUGGGUGAGGAUUUUUAUACAGCAUUUACAAACAAAAGAGCAUUUCCUUUUAGGGCCAGAGAGCCUUUACAACCGGCCGCCGUGAAUUUGUCGCCCACUCUGGGCCUUAAGGAGAUUACUAUUUACUAUUCUCGCCACGUCCAGUUUCAAAUCUGUAAAUUUCAUCAGAUUUUCAAGUGCUUUGCAGACGUGCUGGCAUGCUUCUUGUUUCUGUGACCGUUUACACUUCGCAUGGUGUCUGCAACGAUAUGAAACUUUAUUCAGACAUUGCACAAAACAUGCACAAUUUGUAAGAGCAUUUUAUAAUAAGCAGAUGUUUUUUUUUUUUCUUACCUGGUGUCAGAACCAUCUGUAUAUAACCGUAUGCUUUCAUAAAACUCAUCCACCCAUCUGUAUGUUUAUCCGAUUGGGUUUAAUAUUUGUAUGUGCAUUAACCAAACUUGGCUGUUGGUGGUAUUUACCGAACAGAGUUAUAGGCACCAGCACAAAUAGUCCGAACAUGCAGCUGUCAGGGGAUCUGAUGGGGACAUUUUGGAUCUAUUACCAGCAACUAUGGCUUAUAUGGCUCUAUCAGUCUCUAGCAGUCAUGUGGCUGAAUGGAAUGGUUUAGAGAUGUAAGCACAUGGCACAACUUGUGUCCGUCCCGUAGGCACAGGAGCUGCUGCAACAUCCAGCAACACAGGGCUCAAGUCCACUCAUGCUGUGUGAGGAUUCAGCUCUAAAUAGAAUAACAGAGCUAACCUCUUUAAGCAUGAAGGACAAUCCUCUUCCGACAUAGUGAAUAGAGGCCAUUAUGUGAUGGCAUUACCCCGUGUUCCAGCCUUCAGUCUAUUGUUGGCCUCUGUGACAGUGAACCGAUAACAAUGUUAGGCUAAUCUUGUUAUUGCAGUCCGAGAGAGAACUAAUCUCUAAAUGUCCCACCGAGUGUAAGAUGUGUCUAACCGGACAUGUUCUCCUAUUACUUCACCUUCACUGUUUAUCCGCGUGUCUUGUAGGGUUAUGUGAUUUGGUACGGCGCAUUCUGGCUUAACACGAGGACACGUUCUCCUGUUCUGUGUGAUGGUAAUGUUCCACCCAAGCGUCACUUAACUGUUACCCAUUGUAUUUAUUCUAAAAUGCCUCUGAAAACUAGGAAAAUGUUCUUGAUUGCAACAGGCUUUAUAGUAAAUGUAUGUUUAUAAAUAAAAUAUUGGACAAA